AUGUCUUCAUUUGGCUUUGAUUCAACGUUCGACACCGCCGUCCCUGAGGAUCCCACUGCCUCCAUGGUCUUUGUUGAGCCAGAUGUCUCAUUGCAAUGCCCUAUUCAGCCCUAUCAGUCCUACCUGUUCAGCCAGAAUCCUCCAGUUGUGUACGUGGCUUCUUUUGUCAACGACGCGGAGGCUCGUCAUCUGAUUCAGCGAAGCGGACCUAACUUUACCCCUGCCUUCGUCUACGGCUCUGGCCAAACACAAGUGGAUCAGAGCUCCAGAAAAUCCCUUACAGCCCUCCCGGACCGAGAUGAUGUGGUUCGGUGCCUGGAGCAACGGGCACGCAACAGCCAGCAAUGGGAGCCUGGUAUGACCAUCGAAGCUAUUUCUGUGCAGCGAUAUGAAGAAAACGGUUUCUUCAGACACCAUUACGAUGCUUUCGGCGAAACCCACAAAAAGGACCGGAAGACCACAUUGAAUGUGUUCUUACAGGCGAACUGCACUGGCGGCGGAACGCAUUUCCCCUACUUGCCGAGACCGGACGAUGAGAGGUGGUGCCAGUUCAUUGACUGCGACUCGGACCUGCCAGGUGUGACUUUCAAACCUAUUGCCGGCAAUGCCGUCUUCUGGGAGAAUAUUCGGCCGGAUGGGACUGUGCAUCCAGAGACUCUUCAUGCUGGCAUGCCCGUUCUGUCGGGGACUAAGAUCGGAAUGAACAUUUGGACAUGGACGAAGGAUCGCAGAUCUUAA